AUGCCAAGGAGGCAGUUUUCCCACUCUGGGAGGGCCGGACGUGCAACCAGUCGGCAUCACGCCGCUUCUGCUACACCAACACGCGGGUCCCGCAGUGGCAUGACAUCUGGACCAGGAUGCAGAUCCGGAUCAACAGCAGCAGGAUGAUCCGAGUCAUCCAGGUGGACAGCGAGGAGGAGCUCAAAGAGCUGGAGAAGUUCAACAUGUGGAACUUCCUCUCCUCCUUCCUGAAGGAGAAGCUGAAUGACACCCGCAUCGACGUGGAUCUCUACAGCAACAAAACCUGCCUCAAGGUGGAGCUGCUGGAGACGGGCACCACGUACUGCGUCGUCCUCUUCGCAGGGUUUGAUCCGAAGCUCUUCCUGGUUUUCUUCCUGGGCCUCCUGCUGUUCUUCUGCGGGGACAUGCUGAGCAGGAGCCAGCUCUUCUUCUACUCGGCUGGCAUCAGUGUUGGCCUGCUGGCCUCGCUGCUCAUCCUCAUCUACGUGAUGGCCAAGGCCAUGCCCAAGAAAAGCCCCGUUUACCUCCUGCUGGUGGGAGGCUGGUCCUUCUCCCUCUACCUCCUCCAGCUGGUCUUCAAGAACCUCCGCGAGAUCUGCAGCUCCUACUGGCAGUACCUCCUGGGCUACCUGCUGCUCGUGGGCCUCGCGAGCUUCGGCGUGUUCUACCGCUACGGCCCGCUGGAGAACGAGCGCAGCAUCACGCUGCUCUCCUGGAGCCUGCAGCUCCUGGGGCUGCUGCUCGUCUACUCGGGCAUCCAGAUCCGCCCUGUGGCCCUGGCUGUCGUGGUCGCCGCCGUCUGCAGCAAGAACCUGGACUACCCCCUGCGCUGGGCCUGGGCCGCCUACGG